CUCAUUCUCAUUCUCUCUCUAUCUUCUCCAGCGUCCGAUCACUCUCUCCCCCUUAAAAUCCUUUUGUUUUUAUAAAUAAAAUAAAAUUUCAAUUCCACCAAUCCAACCCCUCCCUCCUCUCCUCUCCUCUCUCUCUCUCUCUUCAACGCGCGCCAAAUACAAAACUAACUAAAACCACUUCAGUGAUCUGUUCUAGGGUUUUGAAUUUUUGCUGCGAGCGUGGAAUGGCGGAGGCUCCGACGAGUCCGGCCGGCGGGAGCCACGACAGCGGCGGAGAGCAGAGCCCGCGCUCGACGGGCGGGGUGCGAGAGCAGGACCGGUAUUUGCCGAUCGCCAACAUAAGCAGGAUCAUGAAGAAGGCGUUGCCGGCUAAUGGCAAGAUCGCUAAGGACGCCAAGGACACCAUGCAAGAAUGCGUCUCUGAAUUCAUCAGCUUCAUCACUAGCGAAGCGAGCGAUAAGUGCCAGAAGGAGAAGAGGAAGACCAUUAAUGGUGAUGAUUUGUUGUGGGCAAUGGCCACGUUAGGGUUCGAGGACUAUAUCGAACCCCUGAAGGUUUACCUAGCUAGGUAUAGGGAGUUAGAAGGUGACUCCAAAGGGUCUGCUAGGGGUGGAGAUUCUUCUGCAAAAAGAGACGCGGUUGGAGGUCUGGUUGCUCAAAAUCCGCAGUUUGCGCAUCAUGCGUCAUUGAACUACAUUAACUCCCAAUUUGCUGAUGCUGAAGGUUAGGGCCAUAUCCAGAUCUUCCCUCCCAGCAUCCUGUUUUGGCAGGACCAAAUUGGGUGCAGGGACAACAUGUGGUUGUUCAUUCUAUGCAAGGAAUUGAGUAGUGAGUUCUAGAUUUUCCAGAACUAUCUUUUCAGAUUCUAAUGCGGGUAAAAUUGUUUAGUUUCAGCACCAGUAGCUUUUUUUUUUUCAAAAGUGGAUUUAUCUUUCUCAUUCGAAAUACUACAUAUUUCUGGGGCUUUUGUUUUGGUUGUUGGGCCAGGGCGUUUAGGAUUGGUCCCUUCACCAGAACAGAUUUAAUAGUCUGAUAAGCACUGUAAAUUUGGAUCUAUCUAAUUGAGUUGCCUGACAAUUUCAAAUGCCGAAAUAUAUGGAGGUUUGAUGAGAGGACCUACCCUUAUGUUU